GGGAGAUACUGCCCCUUUAAGAAAAAGGAAACAUUUUUCAAAUAAAAUAACAAACUUCUAAAAGGAUAUAUUGGCGAAAUAAGGAAAAUAUAACCUUUGAGAGGAAUGAGGAUUUAAACCAUGCGUUUUGAGCUGGAAUUACAGAAUUUUGUAAAGGGAACGACAAGAUAUGUUGCUUGCUUUGCUAGCUAGUCUAAACAUGGUGGCCACUGUGAAGGAAAACUAGCUAAAAGAGGAUUUUAAAAUAUUGAAGAAAGGUUAUUUUCGCUGACAGAAGACCCACUGUUGUUACGCUUUGGAAGAGGCACUUAAAAAGUGCUCAACAGAUAUCGAUUUAGAAGUUAGCUAUCUAGCUAGCUACUAGAAAUAUGGUUCAGAGUUGGGCAAUAUGUCCAAAACGGCGAAGUGUUAGCUAUGAACUACCCGCGUCGAAAGUUGGCUAGCUUGUGGUCUAGUAAAGUUUUAUCAUAUUUAGCACUGUGAUGACAUGUUAUGUCGUAUUUAGAGUAAGAUUGAAUCGCACAAGCAUAAAGACAUCCAACAAAGAACUAGUCAUAACUGGCUAGCCAGCUAACGUUAAUGCAUCGGUUGUACUUGGCUCAUGGUAGUGCACCACUGUGUACUACUUACAGGCUGGCAAGCGACGACAGUUUAAAAGCUUUUAACAGCAAGUUAUGAAUUCAGAAAACUUCUGAAGGGAACACGGGGGGGAUAACAGAUUGACACGUUAGCUUCACAUUGAUGUUCAAAACUGAAUUCCAAUUGUGGAAUAAUGUUUAUUAGGUACGCGUUGUUUCAUGUUGCGACUCGACAAACCUACACUGUGGGGAAAAGGAGGCUAUAGGUUAUGAAUGAGUGUAUUUAAAACGCGCUACGUCGAGCAAAGUUGAUGACGCGUAACUUAAUUAUUCUUAGCGUUUAAUUGGUAUCGUGCAAUAUGUCAGUAGGUGUGCACUGUACAUGGCUUACCUUUGAUGCCGUUUAGAAGACUCACAGAGAAAUUUACAUGGAGACUUGCUUGACAUGCCAAGGACGGAAUUACCAUUGCCAGAGGGUUGGGAAGAAGCCCGGGAUUUUGACGGGAAAGUCUAUUACAUUGACCAUAUCAAUCACACCACAAGUUGGAUUGACCCAAGAGACAGACAGACCAAACCUUUGACGUUUGCUGACUGCAUUGGAGAUGAGCUGCCUGUGGGCUGGGAGGAGGCCUACGACCCCCACGUCGGCGCUUACUAUGUGGACCAUAACACAAAGAGCACCCAGCUGGAGGACCCGCGGGUGCAGUGGCAGCGGGAGCAGGAGCAGAUGCUCCGGCAGUACCUGGACGUGGCCCAGGACGCCCUGACCGCCCAGAAGGAGAUCUACCAAGUGAAGGAGCUGCGGCUCAAGUUGGCCCAGCAGGAGUACCGGCAGCUCAACGACGUGUGGAGGGACAAGUCCGCCUCGCAGACCAGCUUAAAUUCUAGAUCUUCGUCCAGCAGUAAAUAUGAUCCAGAAAUCCUAAAAGCUGAGAUUGUAACGGCAAAAAGCAGGGUAAAUAAACUGAAGAGGGACCUCGCCUGCAUGAAGCAGGAGCUGCAGUAUAAGGAGCAGGGCUUCGAAACGCUGAAAGAGAUCGACCACAAGGUGUCCAGCACGCCCUACGGGUACAAGCUGCACGAAGCGCAGGCCAUCCUGAACGAGGUGAAGGCCAUCAAAAAUGCCAUCAGCUCGGGGGAGAAGGAGAAGCAGGAGCUGAUGCAGAAACUGGCGGUCCUGAAAGAUGGCUUCCAGUUGGACUCCGGCUCGCAGUCGGACCUGUGGGCCAGCAGCUCCUCGUUGGCCAACUCCAACCUGUCCAUCCCUCGCCUCUACUCCGACGCUGAGUCUCAGACAGACAUUCCUGCGGAGUUUGUGGGAAACACUAACAACAAGCUGGCAGAGAAGGUUCGACUGAGCCUGAAAUAUGAAGAAGCUAAGCGAAGGAUCGCCAACAUCGAGGUCCAGAUCGCCAAGCUGGACAGCGAGGCGUGGCCGGGCCUGCUGGACCCAGAGCGGGACCGGCUGAUCCUGAUCAAUGAGAAGGAGGAGCUGCUGAAGGAGCUGCAGUACGCCACACCCUGCAAGCGCGCCCCCAGCGACGCCGAGAAGAUCGAGACGGAGAAGAAGCGUCUGGAGCAGGACCUGCAGGCGGCGCGGGAGAACCAGAGCAAGGCCCUGACCGAGAGGUUGAAGUUACACUGCAGAAGAAAUAAGCUGGUCAGAGAGCUGGAAGAAACUGUCCGGCUAGCAUCUUCCCUGCACACCCAACUGAAAAGCCUGUCUGCCAGCACACUGUCCUGUUCCUCUGGCAGCAGUCGGGGGUCCCUGACGUCCAGCCGGGGGUCUCUGGCCACCUCCAGCCUGGGCUCCUCGUCCUCCCUCAGCUUCACCGACCUCUACCUGGAGCAGCCGGAGCUGUGCGACCCGGAGUUCCAGAACAAGCUGGACUCGCUGCUCCAGGAAGGCGGUGCCGGCGGCUACCGGCCGUCCAGCUCCAUCACCACCAUCCACGAGAACGAGGUGGUCGGGGCGGGCGCGGCGGGGGCCGGCACACGGCUGCAGGCCCUGCGGCUGUCGGAGACGCCGCGCUCCAUGAGCUCGCUGUCACCCCGUUCCUCGCUGUCCUCGCUCUCGCCCCCCUGCUCCCCGCUCGUCACCGACUCCAGCUUCCUGUCCGGGGACGGUUUCCUGGGCCUGGCGGGGGCGGGGCUGGACCUGGAGCUGCAGAGCCGGCUCACAGACCUACGAUUGGACGGGGACAGCCGCUCUCUCCACGCCGCGCCUGACACUGACCCCAAGCAGGACAACACUGCAGCUCCUGCUGAGGCUGUUAAAGAUUCUGUUGCACAAGGGAGAGGGGCGGGGCCCGCGUUGAAGAAGGUGGGCGUGACCUCGGCAGUCUCGGACGAAUCGGUGGCAGGAGACAGCGGAGUUUACGAACCGUCCGAGAAGAGACUCAGCCAGCCGACGGAGCUGCUGGUGAAUUACGAAGAGGGAGCCUCCCUGGGCUCCGCGCAGGUCAGGCUGGGGCUCAAGUAUGAGAUGAAAGAGAAGAGGUUCACAGUAUUCAUCAUGCAGCUGGCCAACUGCAGCGCCCUGGCUCUGCCGGCCGACCACAGCAUAUAUGUCCGGGUGGCUGUGCUACCCUGCUCAGAGACAACCAGAUGCCUGUUUCGAACCCGGGGUGUCCUCCCCCAGGAAGCUGUGGAGCUCAGCGAGGUUUUCGGGGUACAGGUGGCCCACCACGCCCUGCGGCAGAAGACACUCCGGGUCGACAUCUGCUUCACCAGCAAGUCCGGCAAAGAGGAAUGUCUGGCUGGUGCUCAGAUAAGCUUGGCUGAAAUAGGCAGUUCUGAGGAGAGAACCGUUAAGUGGUACAACCUCCUCAAUUACAUGUACAUGCCAGAAGUGAAUAUGAAGCACAGAGAGGCAGGGGCCUCUCCAAAACAGGAGACGAGCUCUGUCCUGGCACCCAGGCCCGACACUGCGGAGAGACCGGCGGAAGGUGCUGAGAGCACUUCAGAGCUGGAGUGGCACACUGAGGGUCUGCAGGGUGAUGUCUUCGAGGACCAAGAGGGUAGUGAUGCAGAGGGGGAGGAGCUUCUGGAGGAGGAGGAGGAGCCCUAUCCUGACAGCCAAUGGGAAGGAGAGGAGGAGGUGGCCAAGCUGACUCCCACAGGAAUUAUGACAGAAAGGGUAAAUAAGGAGACAAGCAUGGAGGAUUUCUCCCAGUCUGCCUCUGUGGUUCGGCCCAAAGAACGGCGGGCCAACGUCCCCCAGCAGAACCCCUUCGUCAGGGGAAACACCAUCAUCCGCUCCAAGACCUUCUCCCCCGGACCUCAGAGUCAAUACAUCUGUAGAAUCAACCGCAGCGACAGUGACAGCUCCACGCUGUCAAAGAAGUCUCCGUUUGUCAGGAACUCGUCGGAGAGACGCAGCAUGCGAAUGAAGAAGCCGGCCGUGCAGGCGAAGGGUCUGGACGGGCUCCUGCGGACCUCGCUGGACCUGGAGCUGGACCUGCAGGCAUCGCGGACGCGUCACAGCCGGCUGAGCCAGGAGCUGCGCGUGCUGAGGGAGCUGAAGGAGCAGCUGGAGGAGGCGCGGACACGCGGGCAGAGCCACCUCCCCGCCUGGGUGCAGGAGGACGAGCGCUUCGCCCUGCUGCUGAGGCAGGCUGAGAGACAGACCAAGGAGGAGCAGCUGCGGGAGCAGAGAGUGGAGAGGAUGAUGCGGGCCGCCGCGAAGGACGUGCACAAGAUCCGCGGCCAGAGCAGGAAGGAGGUUCCAGAGGUCCAGUCUUUCAGAGAGAAGAUGGCCUUCUUCACUCGAGCAAAGAUAAAUAUUCCGGAUCUCCCUGCAGAUGACGUGUAGAACAUUUCAAGUAUUCUUAAGUCUUAGCUGCUGUUUCCAAGGAGAUGAGACUGACUUCUGGUGGUAUUAUGAAGAAAAAAAUGUAUGUACAUUAGGAAAAACUCACAUUUUAAGACACUGGGUUGUAGAUUUGAGUUGCUAAUCUGUAUAUGUUUUUUUUAAUUACUAUCAAUAAGAACAUUUUUAUUUUGUUGUCUUUGUAGCAUUAUUUUACUGUUACUAAUUAGUGUACUUUGUUAGAUGUAUUAUGUGUUAACCUGUUAUUCAGAUACAGACCAGUGCAUUUUAUGUGAAGUAUGAAAAUUAACUGGAAAAAAAAUGCUGUUUUGGUAAAUGGAGGGGUACACACUAAGAUGUGAAUAUGGACACAUAAGGUACCUAUACUGUAUAGAUAGCGUGAGGACCUAACCUGGAAAUCAGUAGCUGCUUGUUGUGAAAGUGAUAUGAAAUCUGUUUAGAAACUGCUGUUCGCGUUAGAGCCGUUCUAUGGCUGGAGGAUUCUGACAUCGCACACCUGCAUGUAGGCCAUCGGUAACCCUUCUCAGAGCUGCACCUGUCCACACACUCAGCACACCUGUGUAGGAACUGCACUUACCGUCACAAUUUCUCAGGUAACGCAUAGGAACUCAUGCACUUUAAAU